AUGUCGUCGAUUCUCCUUGUUGCUCUUAUACUUCGUCUCUGUUCUUUGACAUCUGCAAGCACUAUUCAACUUGUCCCGCACGACAAGCAAUGCUUCCCUCCUAGCUUCAACUUCUCCUCUUUCUCGCAACUUCGCACAGAACAGCUUCGACGGUUGAAGUACGCUGAUGGCACUUUACACCCUCUCAAGGUCCCGUACGCCUCCUGGGCCUCUGCGCGCAUCAUAUCUGAGAUAACUUACAUCCUCCUGGCCGAGAUCCUCCAGUUUGAAGUACAGCUACUGGACGGCACUGCUUUACAUUCAGGUCAGCCCGUCAUGUACGUUGCAGGCUGUAAGAAUCCCGACGACACUCUGUGCAAGGACAACAACAUAUCAGACCCUGUUGUUCACAUCACCGUCGAGACUUGGUCUUACGGUAUCGGACGCGUGUCUGCUCUGCCCAGUCACUUGCAACCCACCCUUCUGACAGUCUACGACUACAACACUGUCGAUCAUUUCUUUCUGUGGGAUACGAUGGUGCAGCAGGCUCAGAAAGAUUCUGUUUUCCUGGACUACUACAGGUACUAUGACGCCGCCCGCUAUGACCCUCACGUCUACUUCGACCCCUGGAUGUCGAUUCUUGACAUGAUUCCGAUCGAGGCGGUGGAGACUUGCUCAGAUCUGGAUCAGGUCAAGUACGGCAACUCUCGCGAGAAGGCAAACUAUGAGGCGAAGACGGGGAACAAGGGAACAGCUUGCUUCUACGACGACCGGGUUUGGUUCUCCCCAGCGUGCUUGGCUAAUCACUCCAAGUGCCUCCCGUUCGUCCUGCAGUACCAGUAUCAUGUUGCGAUGCAGCUUGCGUUCUGGCUCAACAUACCCGUUGCUCUGAUCAAAGUCAGAGACGGCACUGCAGCCUUCGACGACAUCUACUACUCCAUGGUGAAGGCCAGGAAAGUACUCUUCGGCUGGUAUCAACCUGACGACAACCUCCUCGGACUGGAAGGUCAGACUCCUGUCAAGCUCAGGCUGCCAGACACCAACGAGCUGGAGUACCAGCAGCAGAUCUACCGGACGGGCCUUGCGCUGAUCAAACCGAGGAACUACGUGUGGCGGCGACUCCCCUCUGUGAGCAGCCACGUGACGUUCCUGGUGAACCAGAUGAACCUGUACGACGAGGACAUGAACGGUCUCAUGGCGGCAAGCGGCAAGAACAAGAGAAGCGGGGUGGAGGGAUACUCCGGGCCGUGGAGGGUCGCGUGCGACUGGAUCCUGUCAAACCCUGACCGAUGGAGGACCUGGGUCCCCUUCAUCUGUGCUCGAGGCUACAGCCCUGACCCCACCCUGUGCUCCUGCCUCCCCUGCCCGGAGGGGUACUGGUGCGAGGGAGGGACCGAGCCUGCCGUUGAGUGCCCGACCGGCUUCUACUGUCCUGCUCAGUCGGUCAUGCCGAUAGCGUGCGGGGGCAGGCGCAUCACGAGGGGCCCGGGAGCGACCAAGAAGGAGGACUGCAGCGUCUGCGACGGGAGCUUGAUCGCGCUGAACUCAGCAUGUGUCGAGAUGUCGCUGCUCCUGCUCAUCAUUAUCCUGCCAACCAUCGUCGUCCUCCUGUGUGUGUACUCGCUCGUCAGAUGCUUGACGAGACGGACCAUGUCGCAGGAGGACAGGGAGGUCAUGGAAGCCACCAAGACUAUCAGAAAGAAGCUGCGGCUGUCACGGCACGACGGGUUCUACCUGAGCAACGAGAGGCUGGCUCUUUGGCACAGCCGGGAUAAGGUUACUUUCAUCGGCAAGGCUGCCAUGGAGGCGGCGGCGCGUCUGGCGCUGCUGCGAGACGACUGUGACGAGACGUUCUUUGACAACUUCUGCGUCAGCGUCAGGGACAGCUCGAUGACGUCCGAGGCGUUCUCAGCUCAGUACGACAGGUUGUGCGAGUGGCUGCUGGAGCUCUGCCGGCACCUGCUAGAGCACGGCAUGGAAGAUCCUGGAAGAAGCGGGAAGGAGGAGGAGGAGGAGGAGGAGGAGGAGAAGCGGGUUGAUAUCGUACUGGAGCACGAGCUGCCAUCGGGUUCCUCCUUCUCGUUCUUGCACCGCAGGAAGCAGGAGGGAAGGAGGUACAACUCGUCGUGGAAGAGGGCGAGGCGUCGAAGUCACGAGCAGCGGUUCGAGUUCUUCAAGAACAAGGUGGUGCGAAUGAAAGUUUGGAGGGACCAUCCGCUUCUCUUCUCUCACCUUCAAGACCUUGCUCGCUCCAUCAUGGUCGACUUCGUCGCCGCGUGCGAGAGAAGGUCGGAGGAGCUGUUUGCUGGGCCCUUCGGCCAAGAGCUCAGAGCCUUCUGCGCGGACCGAUGGGACGACGGCAAGAGGCACAGCAUCAUCGGCGAGGAGGAAAUGUUGCGAUGUUGGGAGGAUUAUGCGACCAAGUUCACUUCGGCGACGGAGGAGCAUCGGGGGUCGAGGAGGCAGUUGACGCCUGUCUGUAGGCAGGACGACGAGAAUGUGGGUGCGAUUCGGGUGGAUGAGGGUCAGAGGCGAGAGGCGCAGCUGAGCUUCUCCUCGGGGCAGCACAAGGAGUGUCUGGGAGAGCUUCCCUUCAUCGCCCAGCUGCAUGCUCGAGCCGCCAUCCUCAACGGCUACUUCCGUGCUCGAGUCACCGACGUCGUCCUGGCGCACCAGGCCCUGCCCUCCAGCUACGGGGACGUGCAGCUGAGGAGGAGGGAGGAGGACUUCGAGAUCUUGUGCUCCUUCGGGGAAGAGGCAGCGGCGGUGCGGGUAGUUUAUGCCAGCAUCAAGACACCGGAGAGGAUGGCGGAGAAGGUGAAGGAGUACGCUCCUCCUGACCGCAAAGCUCGAUGGCCCCUCACUGCCAACAUCCUCGACCCGGUCCGCCUGUCCAUCGUCUGCGAGAAGCCGCAGCACCUCCUCCAAGUCGCCCGAUGGUUCCUGGAGCUGCAGGAUGACUCCUUGUGCGUCUGCCGAGUCAAGAACAAGUUCUCGUGCUCGGUGGUGCAGGACGGCUACCGCGACCUGAAGCUCUACGUCAUCCUGCACGCUCAGCACCUCCGCAUCAUCGGAGAGAUUCAGCUGCACGACCGCGAGCUCUACGACGUCAAUGUCAAGAUGCAUCGACUCUACAAGCUCCGACGAGCGCAGUCGAUGGCGUCCUACAUCGGUGAGAUCGGCAACGCUCGGAGAUAG